AUGCCUUCUAUUUUGCGAUUCAACCAGUUCUACUUAACAAAAAUCAAUGAAGAGAAUGGUAAGCUCAAUCAGUGUAAUCAUAGUUUUUCACAUGCUUUCAUGAAAAUUGAAAUUCAAAAAAAUCCAAAAGAUUGCUGA